AUGGGUCUCCGAAAGUGGGUCUCGCGACCGUUGAGGGGCCGUCAGAUCGGAGUUGAAAACCUUAUCGCGGGUGGUGAAGGCAUACCAACGAUCGACCAAGCGCCGUUCCAGAUAUGGGUCGUGGUUGUCGCUGGGAUCGGCUUCCUAACUGACGCUUUUGGCUUGUUCGCCCUCAAUGUCGUAACUCCGAUGCUAGGCUAUGUAUACUGGCCCAGCAAUGAUCCAAAUGCCGUUCCUGAGGUGCCAUCGUCUGUCAAGACAGCCAUGAUGUGUUCCACGCUUGCUGGUACCAUGAUAGGGCAAGUGGGAUUCGGCUUCGCCGCCGACAUCUUAGGUCGGCGGAAGAUGUAUGGACUGGAACUCGUCAUCAUCAUAGUAGGGACUAUGUUUCUGUUGAUGAGCUCGAACGGUGAGAGAAACAGCAUGCAUGUCGCAGGCUGGCUCAUAACUUGGCGAGCUAUAAUGGGAGUGGGAAUUGGUGCGGAUUACCCUUUGAGCGCUCCCGUGGGACAACUCCUUGCAAACGUGCUGUCUUUGGCAGCCGUCGAAGCGUACAAGCCAUGGAUCGAACGGUCCUCGCACUACUGCAAACCAGACGACGACGAAUGCUUCCGCGCAAUCGAUCGCCUCUGGAGGCUAGUUGUCGGUAUUGGCAUAGUCCCAGCAGUCAUCGCAUUAAUUUUUCGCUUCACGAUACCAGAAUCGCCUCGCUACACACUGGAUAUUCUGCAAAACACGCGAGCAACGCUAGAAGAUACAGCCAACUACUUCGAUGCACCUGAACUUCACGCCGAGCAUGGGCCAGUCGAGAUGUUCCCCACCAGACCCGAGAUCCACGUCUCGCCCCGCACUUCUAUUUGCUCAGGAAUUGGACCAGACGAAAUCAUUGAGGAUGACAGCGAUUCUGACAGAAGACCAAGCGACGCACAUCUUCGCCAGCCAUCUCCAGAGCCGGACCUACCGCCAGGUGACCCCAACUUCGUUCCGCCUCUUGCUUCUUGGACAGACGCGAAGAAGUUCUUCAUCGCCGAGGUCUAUGGUCUUGGACUCUCGUCGCCGCAGAUUGUAAGCAACAUCUGGGGAGACCCAAAGAUUGACAAAGUCGUAUCAAAGUUUCCCUCCGUUUAUGAGACGCUCCACGGUAACAGCUUACACACACUGGUCAUGGUAUCCAUCGGUACUAUUACCGGUGGGCUGCUGAUGAUCAAGAUUGUGAAGCAUGUUUCACCGAAGACGAUCCAAUUCUGGGGCUUUCUUGUCCUGUUUGUGUUGUUUAUCGUCACUGGUACCGAGAUCUUCCCAACUCGAUACCGCUGCACAUGCCACGGCAUCGCCGCUGCUUCCGGCAAGCUGGGCUCAUGGCUAGUUCAAAUCUUCCUCGCAUAUGCCUUCAAGUCCGAAGAUGCGGACGACCAAAACUCAUGGACAAAUGCGCGUUUCAAAGACUUUGGUAAGGUCUUGCAAGUCAUGAGCGCGUUCAUGGUAGCCGGUGCGAUUACGACAUACUUCCAUGUGCCGGAGACGAGAGAUCACGAUAAUAAGAGUAGGACACUGGAGGUGCUGGCGUGUGGAAAGAAAGUUAUUGAUGAGCUGAAUAAACAGAGGAGAAGGGAGGAUGAGGAUGACUCUUGA